UGGUAUAACAGUCGAUGACAUUUAGAGGUAUAAUUAUUGUACAUAAUAAUUGGCUAUAAAGUGCAAGUUCCUCCAGUUCUAAGAGAAAAUAAUAAUUAAAAAAAGAUGAGGACCUUCAUCAUUAUCACAGUGCUGUCAGCACUCGCAGCUUGCUAUAGUGCCGCCGACCUCCCAAACGAGGAGAUAUCCGGAGGCUACACCGUAUUGUAUGAUGACAUGUCGCCCGAAGGAAGGAUUGUGUCUGGCGCAGAGCUUAAUGCUAAAUCUGUUGUAUGGGUACCGAUAUCUGAGGCUGCAUUUGAGGCACCAGCAGUCGCAGGUCAAGUACAACAUAUUACCAAGUUGUUCAAGGCGGCACCCGGGGUCAUCAUAAACGCACUCAUUGUUAGUUACAGUAAAACUCCCAUGGAAUCAUACCGAAGUCCACUAGGAAGCGAUUCCAUGAUAGUGUCGAUAACUUCACACCCUGGUGACGAAAUUUCCUCAACAGUUUCAAUAUUCAGUAGACAUUAGCUGAACUAAUUUCAAUUCAUAAACUUGUAUGAUACCUACAUUACACUAUGGGUAAAUAUUGUUACUCGAACAACUCAAAAUAAACGAUAUUCAUAUAAAA